AUGCGGCUGUGGAGCUUCGAUCGACUAGGGGGCAUCGCCUCCAAGCAGUUUGACGUCAACAAGGAUGGACUGCAGUUUGUGUCUACAGUGCUUGGAUUUCUCUGGAUGCACGAGGAGCAGCUAGGCUUUGAUCCGACCAUCAUAACAGCUGGGGACAAGCGGUACAUCGAGAUCGAGCGGGAAAAUUCUACUGAGCGCCUUGUCAUCGACGAAGUGAUAAAAAGGGUACACUGUGUCGCUGGUAGAGCAACGACCUGCUGGAGAGUUCACCAGGAAGACGAUCCUGAUACUCAGCUCGUAGUUAAAGAUUCCUGGCAGUACCCGGAGCGGGAUGAAGAGGGCGAACUAUUACGUUGGGCGACUGAGAAGGAGGUAGUGAAUGUCGCAAGGUACUUCCAUCACGAAACGGUCCGAAUCAAUGGUCAAGAAGACGAUAUUCGCAUGAAUGUACGCAAAGGCCUAGACAUAACAAAAGCAGAAAACUAUGUGCCAAGGAAGCCGAUGCUACCGCCAAGCACAACUGGGCGCCGGGCUUCACGAAGAGAUGGAAGCAGCAGCAGCAUCGCGGGGCAGAAGCGAUCCUCAAGCUGCACGAACGCGCUAGCGCCGCCCAGCAAGCGCACUUGUUCGAGCUCUCCAACAAAACCUGCCAUUGCGAACCGCAUUCAUCGACGUGUUAUUGUCCGUGACUAUGGGAAACCUAUCUACAACGCAAGCUCCCCAGCUAGUCUGCUUGCUGCAUUUGAACAGUGUAUCAGAGGGUACGAGUCCUUACAUACGCGAGCGGGCAUGCUCCAACGCGACAUCUCCCCAAACAAUUUGCUGGUGAAUGAAGACGAGGGCAAUUCGUCAUGGCUUGCGUUCCUUAUCGAUCUCGACCUUGCAAUCCGAGAGGAUCGCGAGGAGGUCUCUGGAGCGCGUGGAAAGACCGGCACGCGAGCCUUUAUGGCAAUUGGGGUGCUUUUAGACGACGAACAGCACUCGUUCAUGCACGAUCUUGAAUCCUUUUUCUGGGUGCUCUUUUGGAUCUGCGUACACUAUAACGGGGAGCAAGAAAGGAUUGUUCGGCGAUUUGACAAAUGGAACUAUCUUGACGCUGAAGAACUAGCUGGUUCGAAAAAGGGAGUUGUGGAUGAUGAACGAGACUUCCUUAAGAUAGCGCGGACAAACUUCACGCCGUACUACCAAGCCUUAAUCCCCUGUGUCAACAGGCUCCGAAGGAAGGUGUUUCCCAAUGGUGAAAGAUGGAGAGAUCCCAGCCCACAGCUGUACUUCGGUAUGAGGGAGAUCCUCUGUGCAGCUCGAGAUGAGCUUAAGGAGUCAAAAGGACAAAAUUAA